AUGGCUACACCGACGUACACCAUCCCCGAAGAAUUCAAGGAGCAGUUGCGAUAUGUAGAGUCCCUCGACUCUCGAUCCGACGAGGAAAUUCUCGAGUCCCUGCGAAGAGUGGCUCCUUUAAAUUGUUCUGAGAAGAAUAUAUGGGCCUUUUGGGACUCUGGGCUCGAUAAAAUGCCCGCCUGGACUCAGCGCAACGUCAUAAAUUGGGCGCGUUUGUGUGGCCCUUCAUGGACAAUCCGAGUGCUUGACGCUGUACCCAAUUCUCCCAACCAUGCAUUAAAUUUUGUCCCUGCUGCACUUCUUCCAAAAGCAUUUGUCCAGGGUACACUCAGGGGACCAUACACUGGACCACAUAGCGCGGACUUUCUGCGUGCCUCUUUACCUUAUCUAUACGGCGGCGUUUUCAUGGAUGUUGGCAUUAUUCUCGUCAGGAGCUUGGACACCAUUUGCUGGGAUGCAUUGGCUGAUUCAGCUACUCCAUACCGAAUUAGUGUUCCCUGUAUGUACGGUACGACAUUGGCAAACCAUUUCGUUGCUGCACGCCAGCACGACCCUUUUAUCAAACGGUGGCAUGAGCUCUUUGUGCAUCUAUGGGAUAAUCGGGAAUCCUGUGACGGUCUAUCCUCUAACCCGUUAGUAAGUUUUGCCAAAGAACUUGACUUCUCUGCUUCUCGACGCAGAGGGUAUGCAUGGGACUUCCAGGUCGAGCCAAUCGUCGUGUUUGAAUAUAUCAUGCAAGUCAUCGCCUGGCUUAGACUAUGUAUGCUGGAGGAUGCCGGAGAUGGUUUUAGCUGCGCUGACUACGCGCAAAACACCGUCCUCUGGUUUGAUGCCCUAGAAGAAGACUGGGGUGCGGAGACCGUGAUCGGAUACCAGGGGCAGCCCUUCUUUGAAGCUUUAGCUACGAGACUUGACGAGGAUCCGGACUCAGAGCGCUUUAAGAAGGCAUACGAGCUCGUCUGGAGGAUCUUGACUAAAUCGAGCAUGCAGAAGAUUACGCAUGGCAAAAAUCUUACCAAGUCUCCCGCUUUGGGCUCGCUGUGGGAUUUGCCAGAGAACACGAACAAGGACUUUGAAGAAGGAACUUUUGCAAAUCUGUUGAGGUAUGGAAGUGUGCAUUUUGAGCAAACCAGAACACAGAUUACCAUUCAUCAGACCGAAAAACCGGCAAAGACGAUGAAAAAGAGCGUAUUUGAACCAUAA